GCAGACAGAGAGAGCCUUAGCUCUAUGUCCUCGUGACCUGUCAGUGAAGAAACACAAUAAUUCCUCUCCCCUUCCUCCCCCCUCGUCAGUGGAAGACGUGAGAGUUGGGACUAGAGACACUGAUCCUUCCCUUUACCUCCUCUCCUUAGAUGAAGAGAGAAGAAGCAGCCCUGCCUGGGGAGCGGAUGCUGGGAAACAGGAGCCUUCCCACCCUCCCCCUGUUAGGGCUGAGGGAGCGCAGAGAGCUGACUGGAGCCACCCCCUCUCUAGGCAGGGGGAAGCUGCAUGCGGGGGAGCAGGCCUGGAACAAAACCUUGCCUCCGCUUGUGGGCAGAGCCGCGAGCAGGGAAAGCCGGGAAGAGAACAGACGCAUUUCACGCUCCUCAGCUGAGUCACCAAAGCAUAUAAAAUCAAGGCCAGGCAAUCAGAGCCACACAGAGGGGAGGCACGAGGCAUCAGGACUCCCAGACAGUUUGUCUAGUACCAGCUGGUAGUUGUAUACUGGAGUAGCACCCAUACUGCCUCAUACCCCUGUGUGGAACAGAGGUGGCGCAAGCCGCAAGACUGAGAAGCCCAUCCCCUGUGCUGCUGCUCUUCUUCGAGAUCUUGCAAGUUAAUUGAGAGCCUCUUAGCAGCAGCAGGAUGUUUCUGCUCUUGCUCAUCCUCUCUCUGCUGGUGGGAAACAUACUGUCAGGCCCAGUGAGCAGAGCAGAGACUGCAGCAUCCAGGGACGUCACCACCGUUUUCCAGCUGACUCAGGAAGAUUCUUGGAAGACCGUUAACUCACUGGCAUGUACCCUGCAGCUGACCAACAGCAGCCUGACAGCUUUCCCUGUCUGCCUCCCAGAGGUCCUGGAGACCUUAGAUCUCAGCAACAACCUCUUGGAAGAAGUGAACAGCACAGAGAUAGCAAACCUCCCGCAGCUGCGCACCCUCUUGCUAAGACAGAACCAUCUCCAAGCUGUUAGAUGGGGAUCUGAAGCCCUCAGCAGCCUCCAUUCCCUGGACUUAAGCUUUAAUAAGCUGUCAUCUGUGCCGUCAUGCCACACCUCUUCCCUGCCUAACUUGAGAUGGUUGUCCCUGGCUGGAAAUCCACUGAUUGAAAUUCAACCGCUCGCUUUUUCCUGUUACCCUCGGCUGCAGUUCCUGAACCUCUCUGCAACUCUUCUUGGGCAAGAUGACAGCAAAGGAAUUAGGGAGUCUGCUUUUGCCAUCAGCACAUCUCCUCCUGAGGCCAGGAACAGGCCUGGAAACACCAUCAACAUGCUUGAUCUGAGUGGGACCUUUCUUGAGAAAAUUCAACCAGAGUGGACCAGAGACUUGUUCAACCUCAGAUCACUUCACCUGACAAAGAUGUCACGAUUAAGAAGCCUCGAUACUGACUUUUUCAAGUCCAUGCCUCAUCUCAGAGAGCUGAACUGUCAAGACUCCCACUCACUGGGUUUCGUGAGAACAGAGAUGUUUGACAGUGCUCCUCAUCUGAGCCAUCUCUCAUUCCAGCACUGCAACCUGAGUUCCUUUAGUCCUUGGAACAUCAAUUCGUCGGAUAGCAUCAUCAUCAACUUGCAUGGAAAUCCCCUGUCAUGCGAUUGUGGGCUCUCCUGGCUGCUCUCCAAGCCCAAGAAAGUUGUGCUGCAAAAGGCAUCGGACACUUUCUGCAACACACCUCAAGAAGAUUGGGACAGACCUUCAACAUCUUUUUCAUUGCUAGAGCUCUACGAUAAAUGCCAAUCUGAAAGAAACAUCACACUGCCCGACUCAGACACACCCCCUCCUGAAGACAUUGCUUUCAGCGUUACCAGUUAUGAUGCCGGUACUGUAGUAUCAACAACAGACUGUGCUCCCACUACUGUAGCAUCGACAACAGACUCUGCUUCACUACCCAAAGACACUUUCAGCAGCUUCCUAAUUCAGAGGAAUAUAACAGACCCAACUGCAGCAAACCCAACUGAGCAGAUCCUCACCAAGGUCAACAGUUCCUCCCACGAGGAGGAGGCAGUGUCCGAAUCCAUGAGCAAUCCCCCUUCCUUCGUGUCAGUAACCUCCUCCCCGGGUUUUCUCAAAGAGCUCUAUAAUCAAUCCUCAGGUUAUAGCUCCAUCAGUAAAGGUGAAACAGAUCAGAGAGAGUUCACAGCAACCAACGCUGUGUUUCCCCAGGAAGGACUCUUUAACCAGCCUACUAGCGAUUAUUCUACUAGAGCAACAGUCAAUCCAGAUACCAUCAACCAUUAUAUUCAUUCCUUUGCUACUAACACUGCGGAAGGUACAGCACAGAUAAACCUACCACAGCUGAACUCAACAAAGACCGAUGCUCAGUCAGAUCCUGCCUUCACCAGAUCACUGAUACACUAUGUAGAUGAUUAUGAGUACGAUGAUCAGACAACAGAAACCCCAGUGCAACCGGUAUACACCCCCUGUGACUACAAUCCUUGCAGACACCUUCAGAAGCCAUGCAGUGAGCUUCAGAGUGCAUCCCAGUGUUUAUGUCCUGGCAUUUCGAGAGAAGAUGAGGUCCCAGAUCCACCAAGACUCAGAGACGUGUCUGAAGUUACAGACAGCUCUGCACAGAUACACUGGUGCGCCCCAAAUUCAGUUGUUCAUACCUACCAGCUGAUGCUUCAUGCCCAAGGCAAUGAGGAGAGGCAGUUUGUCCUGGACAAUAUUUAUUCCACAGCAAGGCAGUACACACUGUAUAAUCUAUUACCAUACACCACUUAUCACAUUUGCGUGACUGCUUGGAACAAAGCAGGAUCAAGCCAGACAGCAAGUCAGGAAAUGUCAGGUAAUCCAUGCACCAAAUUUAAAACAAAGCCCAGCUACAAGACUGUCUUUGCUGCUCUGUCCGCAGCAAGUGGACUCUUUCUCAUUUCCACUAUUGUAUUGUCUAUAUGUCUGUGUAAGGCAUGUAAAAAGCCUCCUAGUGAGCAAUAUGGUACACACCUAGUCUCUUAUAAGAACCCAGCAUUCGAUUAUCCAUUAAAACUCCAAACAACUAAUUAGCUGCAGGUGAUUGAUCUAUACAUGCAAAACGCACUGUCUUUAUCACUCUAGUGUGUUUCCCUGAGACUCUCAAAAUGUCCUGCAGCAAAACUAGGAAACAACAGACUUUACAGGCCUCAUGUUUCUAAGGGAAGAAAAACACAAAAAAGAAAAAAAAAAAAAAAAGAAGGUAGCUAAA